CUGUAGUAGUGGUUCCUGCACCGGAGGGCAACACUUGUGCGGACAGAACAAGCAAAAGCAAAAUGUUCAAGACUGGACCGCAUACCGAUGCACUUGCUGCAUGUGAUCUUGCUCUCUGUGUUUCUGGUUCCGUGGUGCUUGAGGUGCUUCGCUCGCAAUUACCCCUGGUUGUGACGUAUAAGGCCCACUGGAUUACUCAAUUCAUUGUCAAGAAAUGGACUUCUAUUCAGUUUGCAUCACUGCCGAAUAUUCUCCUUAACAAACCUUCACUUCCUGAGGUCCUAUUUUCUGAGUGUACCUCACACAGGCUGUCAUCUGUUAUCAG